GAGCAAGAGAUUCAAAUAGCAAACAAAAAAAACUUUAUACAUUCUUUAGAGAAAAAAGAAAUGGGUGUCGUAGCAUUCGAGUGGGCAGAGGUAGGUGACAACCAACUGACGCUUGUGAUGAACAGAGACAAUUGGGCAAACAGGGAAAUAAGUAGGGCGUCUCGGGAUGUUCGGAGUGACAGUCUGAGUGGUCGGUGCAAAGAUAAUGGCGGAACGUGGUUUGCUAUAUCUUCAAAAGGCCGUGUCGCGUUUCUCAUGAGUAAAACGUUGUUGGAAGACAAGGUUGAUAAAGAUGGUGGAUCCGAGUUGUACCCCAUUGAUUUUAUGAAGAGUAACGUGAGUCCAGAGGAGUUUGCCGAUCAUGUGGCACGGUGUGCAAAGGAUGACAAACUGGAUGAAAAGAACAAUGGGUGGUCCUAUAGCCUUAUAGUCGCUGACUUGACUUUGAAUUCAAUGGUUCAUAUCAGGAAACCCCAUAUACUUGCGCCUGAUGUCUUGACUGAAACGGUUCCGUUUGGUGUGCACACACUUUCUCCUGACGGCGGUCUCGAUUCCACAGAUGCUACCAGGGAUUUGUGCCUGAGAGACUAUUUUAGUCAGAUGAUUGGUGUUACCAACCCACAAGAUUUUCCAUGUGGAGAAGCCACCACAGACAGCUUUAGUGAUUGGGGGAAACCAUCCACUAACACGGUUUAAGAAGUUUGUUGAGAGGUUUAUGUGUACUCCUGUGGAAGAAGGUCAACCAACGGUGUAUUUCGAAAGGAAGACUGAUGAAGAACUUGGAAUACCACGCUUUGGAACAACAAGUGCGACAGCAUUGGCGGUGGAACGCAAUGGGGAAGUAACGUUCUUUGAGAGUUACAGGGAAACUGAUGGUCGUUGGACCGGGAAAGACCUCAGUUUCAACAUGGAGUAGAGACUAGAGACAGAGUUCCAAAGAAACACUGCGCAGCAUUUCAAAAUAUAAUUAUUCUACAACUACUAAAUAAUCUUGUUGAUGCUGUCUAUAGAUCUCUUUAAUUAACAUUGUUGUACGAUUUAAGGAAACCUAUUUCCUUGAUCGCACUAUAUCUAUAGUAGUCUAAGACGUAAAAGAAAAGAACAUUAUGCUUAAAAUAAAUAAAUAAAUUUGUUGGA